CCUGCCUCUGUCAUUGCCUGCUGCUAAGAGGGACGCUGAAUCACUGCCACUGCAGAUGAAAAGCAAUUCAAACCCAGUCCUUGGAGGGGGGAUGGAAGGGCUCUUUUAAAUUAAAAAAAUUUUUUUUUCCCUCUGCGGAAAAAGACUCCUACUUUCCGGAUGACCGUAGAGGGCAGUUUGACAAGCCUCAGCCCCGGGCGAUGGAAGGUUUUGCCCGUGGGGGCGUCACGAGGCACUGGUCAUCUCCCCGCGCCCGGCCUGCGAGUCCUCAGGCCUCGGUGCGCCGCGGGCCUGGCGAGCGUGGCCCGGUGGGCCCGAGGGUCGCGCCGCGCUUCCCGCAGCUUUAAAAGCUCCCACAAUGCAGCGCUGGCGUCCCAGUUCCGUUACGAGGUCUCUCCCGGCGCCGGCGAGCGGGCCAGGCGCGGGCGGGGCGCGGGGGAGCGGCGGCUGAAACCCGAGCGCCCGGCCGAGGGGGGCGCCCCCGCGCCGCUCCUCUCGCGCGCUCAGCCGCGGCCAGGCGAAGGGGCGGAGUCGCCCGGCCGCCCGGCCCGGCCCGGCCCCCAGCCCGGCCCCCAGCCCAGAGGCACCGGCCGCGGGAGCGAGCGGACCGCCGACUCCUCUGCCCGCGCUCGCCCGUCGCUCCGCGCCGCGCCCCGCUCAGCGUCCGCCGCGCAGCUCCUCGCUUAGCCUCGCCGAGCCUCGCCCGCUCACUCCCGCCGCGGCGGUGGCUCUGGGGGCGGCUCCCGCGGCGUCCCUGCCGCUGGCCGGGCGCUCGCGCCCCGCGGCACCCUCGCCAGGGCGUCCACACUCACCUAGCGCGGGCCGGGAGGUGCGCGGAGAGGGCGCGCCGGGAAGCCGGGGCCUCCAGCCCGUGCGGGGCGCGCGGCGCCAGGGGCGCCGGGUUGUGCGGCUUGCGGACCUGCGCUGGGCGGCCGCGGAGCUCCGGGUGCCGCCGCGUCCCCAGCGCCCCUGCCGGCCCCGCCGGGCGGCCUGCGGGGGCGGCGCAGUUGCGAAACUGAGUACCUGUGUAGAUCCUCCUGGAAUAUCUGCGUGGUGCUGUCCUUCCUCAAGACUACCUCGCACCCACCGGCUCAGAGGCUCCCGCGUGCUGAGGUAACUACACAGACUCAGCCUUGUCCACUCCGUGUUCCUGCAGCUAGAGACAUGACCUAACACACUGAUGACCACUCUCAGGGCCCUUGGGUGACUGGUCAGUGCACCAUGGAACUUAAAGUGUGGGUGGAUGGAGUUCAGAGGAUUGUUUGUGGAGUCACUGAAGUCACAACUUGCCAGGAGGUUGUCAUAGCCUUAGCUCAAGCGAUAGGUCGAACUGGAAGGUACACCCUUAUAGAGAAAUGGAGAGAUACUGAAAGACACCUAGCACCUCAUGAAAAUCCUAUCAUAUCCUUAAACAAAUGGGGGCAAUAUGCUAGUGAUGUUCAGCUCAUUCUACGACGAACCGGGCCAUCUCUCAGUGAGCGACCCACUUCAGACAGUGUGGCUCGAAUUCCUGAAAGAACUUUAUAUAGACAGAGUCUGCCCCCGUUAGCUAAACUGAGGCCUCAGAUUGACAAAUCAAUCAAAAGGAGAGAACCCAAAAGGAAAUCGUUAACAUUUACAGGAGGUGCCAAAGGAUUAAUGGACAUUUUUGGAAAAGGUAAAGAAACUGAGUUUAAGCAAAAGGUGCUGAAUAACUGCAAAACAACAGCAGAUGAGUUGAAGAAGCUGAUCCGUCUGCAGACAGAGAAGCUUCAAUCCAUUGAGAAACAGCUGGAAUCUAAUGAAAUAGAAAUACGAUUUUGGGAGCAAAAGUAUAAUUCCAACCUUGAAGAGGAAAUUGUCCGUCUAGAGCAAAAGAUCAAAAGAAAUGAUGUAGAAAUCGAGGAGGAAGAAUUUUGGGAAAAUGAAUUACAGAUUGAACAGGAAAAUGAAAAACAGCUUAAGGAUCAACUUCAAGAAAUAAGACAGAAAAUAACAGAAUGUGAAAACAAAUUAAAGGACUAUUUGGCACAGAUCCAGACUAUGGAAAGUGGUCUGGAAGCAGAAAAAUUACAACGGGAAGUUCAGGAGGCACAGGUCAAUGAGGAAGAGGUUAAAGGAAAGAUUGGUAAGGUCAAAGGGGAAAUUGACAUUCAAGGCCAGCAGAGUCUGAGGUUAGAGAAUGGCAUUAAAGCUGUGGAAAGAUCUCUUGGACAAGCCACCAAACGCUUACAGGACAAAGAACAAGAACUGGAGCAGUUGACUAAGGAGCUGCGGCAAGUCAAUCUCCAGCAGUUCAUCCAGCAGACCGGGACAAAAGUUACCGUUCUGCCAGCGGAGCCCAUUGAAAUAGAGGCCUCACAUGCAGACAUUGAAAGGGAGGCAACAUUCCAGUCUGGGUCCCUGAAGCGACCUGGUUCAUCUCGGCAGCUCCCCAGUAAUCUCCGCAUUCUGCAGAAUCCUAUCUCAUCUGGUUUUAAUCCUGAAGGCAUAUAUGUAUGACAUUACCUACCUGUCUUUAGGGGGGAGACCCAACAGAGGUACCAAGGACAGUAAACUUCCUUUUUGAUUUGUGCCAAUGAUGAACAGAGGAUCUAUCCCACAAGCCGCUGUAUGUUUUUUCUCUUCUAAAUUGCAUACCAUUUGGAGCCAUACCCUGUGCACUGAUGCUAAAGAACAAAGAAACUGUGUUUUCACACAUCAACAGUGUUGAUAUUUUUGUCCAGCAGCUGUAAUGCAAAGCCUUCCUUUUUUGUAGCAUUUUGAGAGCUUUAGGAAAGUGUUAUAUAGUGUGUACGUAAAUAAACCAUGACUUAAGUAAGAAUGAAGAAAAAUUUGUGACUGGCUUAGUUUAAUUUAUUUCAUGGAAUCAGUUGAUGUAUGAAUGUUGAUGUUUUAAUAUUUUUUAUUAAGACUUAUCCUGUGACAGACUUAUGUUACAUAUUAUGUGAUUAUGACUAUGUGCAUGUUGCCAGACUCCAUCCAUGCAUUGCUGAUUUACACUACACAAGUAUCCUAGGGUGCUCCACCAUCGAAACUAACUCCAGAAGAACCCACUUGCAUUCAUUUUGUGUCCUAGCCAUUGCUUAAUUAGGUGAAAUAAUUCAGGGGUUUUUAAAAUCUGGAAUUUAGUCUUUCCAUUACAGUAUUUCCAAAUAUAUGUGUGGCCACGUAGCAUAACAGAAAUUUUUCAUGAGGUAAAUUGUAUGUAUAAAACAUUUGCAGUGUUUCAGACACUGUUGAACAAAAAUGUAAUUAUUAAGUGUGUAUCCAUACAGGCAUGGGGUUUCCUGAUACAUUAUGUCUUCUGUUUCUGCCCUGCCUUAUUAUUUACAUUCUGGAUCUUCAGAACUGAUUUAACAUGUAAGUUAUAGAUAUCUGAGGGCUGGAUUGAUCCACUUCAGGAACAUUGCUUUUUAAGUGAUGUAUUUUAAAAUAACCCGCUUCAUAUGUAUGAUCUAUUGGUGUACACACCAUGGGUAAAUUAUUCCUCAUACAUAAUUUACUCUGUAUAUUAUGGACCCUUGUGGUUUCUUCCAGUCACUUAGGUGGAAAGGAGAUUAAACUUAGGUACGUAUUAGCAAGGAAAUAAAGUCAAAUUCAGCAUAUGUUUUUAUUUUUAGGCUUGACUUUUACCAGACACUAAUCUCCAUUUGUACAUAUGUUGUUUUAUUUGUAAAACCAAAAAUGAAUCAACACAUUUUUCAUGAGUAGUGACUUAAGAUUUACAAGUAAUAUUUAGACAGAUUGAUUCAGAUACCACUUAGCCAUUCUUACAUUCCCUCUGGUCAGAUUUGGUACAGUAUUAUUAAGACUUUAAUCUGAAAUUUAAAGUAGUUUUAAUUCUGAAGAAAUUACAUCCUCUGUAUUAUUUACAUGCAACAAAAUAAAAGUGGAUUGAUAUGGUAAUGCUUGGUAACAAUAGAGAUAUGUCUUAUGCAUGAAAGCAACUUUGGAUGUUUUAACACAUUUGACUUAUUUUUGGUUUAGUGAAUGCUGAGAAUGCUGCUCUACUUAGGUUUCUUAUGAAAAAUUUUAAGAAUGACUAUGAGACUGUAUAGAAGCUUCUAGAGAACUGAAAGUAAUAAUGCAGAGUUGCCUUUCUAGUGCAGCUUAGUGGCGGACCUCAACUGAAGAUACAAUUUUCUUUGGGUUCUUGGAGUUAUCAAUUGAUCUUGCCAUUAUAUUACUUUGCAAAUAACUUAAGAAGUAAAUGAUUCUUACCCAAAUAACCACAACCUGUACACAUUUGCUCACAAUUUAUGAUAGUUAAUUUCUAUCUACCUGUAUUUAAAAUUAGGAUGAUUAAAAAUUAAAAUAAUUUAUAGCUUUUGUGACAGUAAUGAUUUACAUAUGCUCAAUAAAUGCCUUAUUUUUUCAAAAGUCAUUCUAUAUGAAGUAAUUUUGUUGUUCAGAGAAAUCGAGAUCUUAUUCACAAAGAAAAACAUUUUAUAAAUUGAUCACAUUUUAUUUAAAUCAAAAUGUUAAACUGGAGGCAGUAUUAAACUUUGUAAUUAGAAAUUGCAGAGAUGCCUUGGCAUACCAUGAAAAACACAGUCAAUAUCUGACUAAUUAUAAAUUGUUACCAGAAUUAACCUAGCAACUUUACAGAAGGACAAGCAGCAUUCUAGCAACUUGUAGUAGUCCUGAGUUCCCAGCUUAGCCUCUCUGACAACUUCUUUAGAAUCUCCAAGCUGCCAAAUAAUCUUCAUAGACCUAAUUACAAGUUAAAAAUAAUUUCCUAGAUGAGGAAAGUAUAGAAAUGUGAAUAUGAUGAGUACAUUAAGAAGCUAUACUUUUUAAUUAGUUAUAUUACUUCUGGAAGCACAUAUCUAAGGAACAUUUUCUAAGUCAGAGGGAAAAAACUCGUUUUCAUAGAAACAUCUGAAGAUAUUUUAGUAUAUUUGUGAUCAUUUUUAUCUAUUGCAGAUACAAAUGAGUUAAUAAGUGCCAUAUCUUGGAUACAUUUUGGAGGGGUAGUGGGCAAUGGUAUACAAAAAUACCAAAUAUAAAAUUUUCCUCUGGGGGAAUAUUCAGGUUCUAAAUACUAAAUUAGAUUACAAUAUUUUGUGUUUUUUAAAAAAAAAAAAUCAUAGUGCAAUGUGUUUUAUUGUGAUUUUCUACAAUUAUUAGAUACAUUUAAAGAUCUUUUUAUCUUACCAAGAAAUAAUUUAGAAUAGCAUUGGUCUAUUUGACUUUUUGAGUGUCUGUCAUCUUCAGAGAAUGGCCCAUAGUGUGUCGCCUAUGGACAUAGUAUCCAUAGUCCUUUUGUUGCCCUUCUGAGAUAUUUGGGUUUGAUAACAUUUGGGUUUUUGUCUUAAUGCACAGGGGCUUUUUAUAAUAUGAGACUUCAAUCGGUAUUAAUAGGAGUUACCCACUUAAUUAUCCCAGUCAUCGAUGAGCAAUCAUCAAUUCCUGUAGUUCAAAUUAGUCAUAAUUAAGAGCUACAGCAAGACUGACAGAGUAAAAACUAUAUAAAUACAGUAAAAAAAAAAAAAAAGAAAAAAAGAAAAAACAAUUUCUGGUGUGAAAUAUGAAGUAUAGCAGUAUGUAACAAGAACAUGUAAGCACUUGCUUCCACAGCAUAAAUGUAAUUUACACCUGCAUUAAAGGAUAAUUUUCUCUGUGAAUAAGAGCAAAAUGGUUUUUAGAGAAACAAACUGUUCAUUUGAAGCCAGUUAUGUGAACAUCUUCCAAGAUAGAACUGUAAUGGAUUGAGGAAAUAACACAGAAAAGACAAAAACUUUUGAUUUCAGGCAUGUAAAGUGUGUGGGCAGAUGGACAGUUCCCGUUGUGCAUUGCCUUUUAUAAAUUGAGCCUUAAUUUAUAUGUAAAUAACCAUGCUGUGUUCACAUCCCUCUUCUACCUAAAGUUGUCUUUAUUGGUUUAUAUUGUAUUAAAAUUAGCUCGUAAGUAUUACUUUUAUAUUAUGUUCAUUUUUUUAAGUUGCAUGUUUAUACUAUUUGCUACAGUAUUUUUAAGUUUGGGGUGAAGGCCAUCAGCUGUAUCAAAAAGACAAAACAAUCACUAUUUAUUCAGUAUUGCUGCUUUACAUCUCCAGAAUAAGCUUUCGAUGCCAGGGCAGUGACUGCCUGAAAGCUGCAGGAGCUCUUUUCAAUGCAUUUUAUAUAUUUUUAGAAACCAAAUAAAUGUAGAAAACUAUUUAGUAUACUAAUUAUAUUAAACCAGCAGAAACAUAAAGGCAAUAAAGUAUAUACAUAUAUAUGGGGGGAGGGGGAAGAUUAAAAAUAGAUUUACAGCCAGACAUGGUGAUAGCCCUAAAUGUACUUGUCAAUAUGUUUUUCUUUAUUGACCCUAGGAGGAUUUGAGUUGCUGCAGCUUUAAACAGAAAAUUGCCAUGUUCACUAAUUGUGAGCACAUAAAUAUGCUUUUAGUACUGCUUUGCUUAUGUACAAAUACAUCUGUAAUAUGUAUUAUAUGUAAUUAUUCUUUCCUUUGACUUUCAUUUUAAAUGUGUAUUUUCUGAUUAUUAUGAGCUGUAAAACAAAGAAAUCAAUAUUGGAUAUUCUCCCAAAUAAUAAAUUUUCAGGAUUCAUUGGGGCA